GAGCCAUCAUAACAGUGACAAUAGACAUAAUGGCGUCUGUUAUAAGGAGUGUUAUACGAAGGGGGUAUGCCACGGCUGCAUCUACGGUCAAGGCCCCUAUUCAACUCAAUUCCCUCACCGGUACCUAUGCCACAUCAACUUAUCUCGCUGCUAUUCGCAAGUCCACUCAAGAGUUGGAGAAACUCGCAAAAGAUAUAGAAGCUUUUGAGAAGAAAUUGGCCGGUGAUGCGAAGGUGGCUGCUUUCAUGGAAAACCCCACGUUAUCCGCUUCGGACAGAGCCAAAGUUCUCCCUACCCUCGUUCCCUCUGGCUCAUCUCCGAUCCUUCUCAACCUUCUCGGCGUUUUGUCAGAAAAUGGUCGUCUUACCUCCGCCACAAAAGUAUUCCAAGAUUUCCAAUCUCUCAUGUCGGCUUACCGAGGCGAGCUCGAGGUGGUAGUUACCAGCGCUGAACCUUUGGACUCUAAGACUAUGAGCAGAUUGGAUAAAGCUUUGAAAGAUACUCAAGCUGCAAAAGGGAAAAUCCUCAAGAUUACCAAUAAGGUUCAACCCAGUGUGUUGGGAGGAUUGUUGGUCGAUUUUGGAGAUAAGACCAUUGAUCUUAGUGCGAGUAGUAAAGUGACGCGGUUCAACGCUGCUUUGGCCGAGGGUGUUUGAGGGGUAUAGAGAAUAGGAAAAAUGCACAUCAUGCCGCUGAC